AUGCGCUGGUCAUCCAUCGCAUCCAGCCUGUUGCCGUUGGCAGCAUUGGCCGAGUCCCGAAGCUGGCAGCAUGUGGGCAAGCAGGCACCGAGGGCAGCCCUCAAGACCGACGACAACUUUGUCUCUCAUUACCUUGCCAACAGGCAGACAACUGGAUCAAAGUUCCUCAACGACAAUACAACGAGCUUUGCCGUAAAUGGCACCAGUCUCCCAGACGUCGACUUCGAUAUCGGCGAGUCGUAUGCUGGGCUGCUUUCAAUUACAGAUGACCCAGAGGCAGCUGAGAAGCUCUACUUCUGGUUCUUCCCAUCCGAGAAUGAAAAGGCAGACAAGGAAAUUCUGCUGUGGCUCAAUGGAGGCCCCGGCUGCUCGUCUCUGGAGGGUCUGAUUCAAGAACACGGCCCAUUCAUUUGGCAGUACGGAACUUUCAAGCCGGUACCCAACCCUUGGAGUUGGCAUCGCUUGACAAACAUUGUCUACAUUGAGCAGCCUAUCGGUACAGGUUUCUCCCAGGGCAACGUCACUGCAUCAAAUGAGGAGGAUGUCGCAGCACAGUUCCUCGGCUUCUGGAAGAACUUCAUCGAGCUGUUCUCCAUGCAAGGCUACAAGGUGUACAUUACUGGCGAGUCCUAUGCAGGCAUGUACUGUCCGUACAUUGGAUCUGCCAUGCUGGACGCCAACGACACCACCUACUACGACCUGGGCGGUUUGAUGAUCUACGACCCUGUACUCAUGGACGAUAUUGUGCAGACAAGUCACACGGUUGUGCCAUUCGUCGACUACCACACCAACUUGAUGCCGUUCAACGAUUCCUUCAAUGACUACCUGCACGAGCAGCACGAUUCUUGUGGCUUCGCCAACUUCUCGGCCACCUACCUCCAGUACCCUCCUCCGGGCCCUCAGCCGAGCACCAGCGAUUUGUCGGACGAAUGCGCCAACCUCUGGUAUUACGUCUACAAUGAGGUCUUUUCCGUCAACCCUUGCUUUGAUGUGUACCAGGUCGCCACCACCUGUCCUCUGCUGUGGGACGUUCUCGGUUUCCCUGGCUCUCUCUUCUACAUCCCCGAAGGUGCCGAUGUGUACUUUAACCGUACCGACGUGCAACAGGCCAUUAACGCUCCCAUCCAGGAAUGGGAAGAGUGCUCUUCAGGCAAUGUUUUCACCGGACGCGGAGAUACCUCUGACCCCUCUGGCUACAAGGUAUUGCCCAACGUGAUUGACAAGACCCAAAACGUCAUCAUUGGCCACGGUAUCCUGGACAUGAUUCUGCUGGCCAACGGCACUCUGCUCUCGAUCCAAAACAUGACGUUUGGCGGCAAGCUGGGAUUCGAAAAGACGCCCGUGGAGCCCUUUUACAUUCCCUACCACGCCCUGAGCACCGCGGACACUAUUGGCUACGAGGAAGACCCGACCCUGCUCGCCACCAUGGCCAGCGCCGGCGUCGCGGGUGUGGCGCACACGGAGCGCGGUCUGACCUACGUCUCGGUUGACAUCUCGGGCCACAUGAUUCCGCAGUACGCCCCCAGCGCGGCCUUCCGCCAGCUCGAGUUCCUCCUCGGCCGCAUCAGCAACCUUAGCGACACCACGCCCUUUGAGACGGAGCCAACCGCGCCGCAGUCGACGGGUCCCUUGGGAAACGGCACGGGUCCGUAUACCUACUAUGACGGAUCAGAAACUGUGGAUUCAGCCGCAGAGUCCAGCUCGUCUGUGCAAGCCCGCAGUGUCGCCGGAAGCCUGCGCUUUGAGCGUUGGGGCCUUGUUGGCAUUAUUGCCGGCAUGGUCUACUUGCUGUAA